AUGGAUGCUGCUCUGGAAUAUUAUAACUCUAAUUAUAUUUACACUGGGUUCCAAAUUAACAGGAUCAAUUAUGAUAAUGUUUCAGAAAAUAUUUCAUCUCGUAAUACCUCUGAUUAUGGAAGUGAAAAGACUUUUGAUAAUAAAAUAGGAAUAAUUAUUGACAUUUUUACCUUAGUUAUCUGCUUUAUCGGACUUGUGGGGAAUGGAAUUGUCAUCUGGCUUCUUGGCUUCUGCAUUAAGAAGAAUCCUUUCAUCACCUACAUCCUGAACUUGGCCAUCGCUGAUUUUGGGCUCCUUGUGACGCUAAUAUUUGCUAUUAUUAGUAGUUGGCUUAUAAUUCUUUAUGGCUAUACCAAUGUUUUCUUCUUAGUGUCCCUUUUUCUGUUCCUAUCAACACACAGCGCGAGUCAAUUUCUAUUGAUUGCUAUCAGCAUUGACAGAUGUGUGGCUGUCUUCUUUCCACUUUGGCAUCAAUGCCACCGACCGCCACGUUUGUCCACCAUUGUAUGUGCAGCCGUAUGGGUCCUCUCCUUCUUGCUUUCUACAAUUACCUGCAGUAUCCUAAAAGUCAAUCCAACUGGAAGUAUGGUCCAGCUAUUUUACCAGUUUAUUGUGAAUGCUGUACUUUGCCUCCCGCUUAUGACUAUUGCCACUGUGGCCUUGUUCCUUAAAGUCUGCUUUAAAGUACAACACAAUCAGAGGGGAAAGCUUUUGACCAUCAUCUUGCUCACUCUUCUCUGCUUCGUCCUCUUGGUUUUUCCUUUGAAUGUCAUAUACAUCCUCUAUAUUUAUAAUUAUGUACCUUCAUACGUUCCAUCCUGUGCAAUGGUAUUAUCCUGUAUCAAUAGCAGUGUGAACCCAGUCAUUUAUUUCCUUGUUGGGAGACAAUGGAAAACUAAACAGAAGGAGACAAUGAAAAUGAUCCUCCAGAGGGUUUUCAGGGAGGAACAAGGUUGCACUGAGAAAUCCCAGUUAUGA